CGCCGCCCCUUAAGGGACGCUCCGUUGCCUCUGCCUCUCCAGACACCCUCUGGCCGCAGCAGCUGAACGAUGGCAGACGAAAGGCUCCCCGAGACCGCGAUUGACAAAUUCUCUUACGAUUAUGAAACCAUUCGCAAUGGGGGCCUGAUCUUUGCUGUUGUGGCCUUUUUGAUUGGACUUGCCAUCAUCCUCAGUCGGCGUUUCCGCUGUGGAGGAAAGAGGAAGCGAAGGCAAGGAGAUGAUGAAGAUGACGCAGUCUGAACUCUGCACUCCUCUGACCAUCUGAUGAGCUCCCUGCUGGAACCAAAGGGAUAGGCCCAUCACAGCAGCCAAAUCUUUUGCACUUGACAAAUGAACAGAGCAGCUUUCAGAUUUCGGAGCUGCACCCAGUCUGCCUGGAGUUCUCUUUCUGUAAAACAGAUUGCUUGCUUCUGACCUUUAUUUAAUAAAAUGUCCACUAGGGAAGAGUGA